AUGAGGGUUGCUUUUGGUUUGCUGGUGUUGCUGCUUGGCCUGUGUGGGUCCAGGGCUCAGGGGGAGAGUGGAGGCCUCGGUGAGGAGGGUGAGAGCAGCGAGCUUCAGGAGGAAUGGACCCAGCAGACCACAAACACAACCUCGCCUGACAUCUUGUUGGAAAUGAAGGAACUGAGACGCAUGGUGCAGAUGCUGCAAAAACAUGACUCAGAGAUGGAGAGAAGACUGAACAGCAGUGAGAGGGAACUUCUUGAUAGCAAGAAAAGGAUUGACAAGCUGGAGAAUUUAAAUAAAGCGAACACAAAGGUGGCCUUUUACACAGCUCUGACUGAUGCAGGAUAUGUCGGCCCAUUCACCACGGACACCACACUGAACUUCAGCAAGGUCUUCACCAACAUUGGCAAUGCUUACAAUGCAGGUUUCUUCAAAGCACCAGUCAAAGGAGUCUACUACUUCCAGUUCACUGUGUGUGGUCACCACACAGGUCUUAUGGGUGUAUAUGUGUACAAGAACAACAAGAACAUUAUGUUCAAUGUGGAGUGGAAGGAAGAUCAACUUUAUAAGUAUUUCACUAACUCUGUUAUCUUGGAGUUGAUGGCAGGAGAUGAAAUUCACCUUGCUCUCCCGGCUACCCACGUUCUGUAUGACGACGGCAGUAACCAAAGCACCUUCAGCGGAGCUCUUCUCUUCCCACUGUGAGGAUGUUGUUAUUUAGGCUGCUGAGUGUUUGAUUUGUCACCAACUCUGAUUUUAUUGAUACACUUUGAUUCUUAAGAUGCUACUCUUAAAAUUCUGAUGUAGUUCUACAA